AGCUCGUCCUAGUUUUCCAUUCUGACUUUUUUGCGCGGUCACAGAACCCAGUAGCUUCAAAUGCAAUAGUGAACAGAGAUGUCGUCCUACCGAAAUAUGGGCCAGGUUUUAGGCCGUGUCUAUUUGUCUAGAGGAGCCAGGAAUUCCUCAAUUAGGCACGCAACCCGGUGUUUCUGCAACGCUCGCGCCAAUGCAGUUACAACAAAUGGAACAUGGCGGUUCGCCACAACAUCUUUUGCCAGGCCAAGCUUGAAUGGAUUACUGAUCACAAGUAGCCAUAAACUACACACAGUUAACAGGGGUUUCCACUCAACACGUACCCUAUGCAACGGUGACUACGUUGUGGUCAACACACCUCCGUUUGCUGAGUCUGUUACUGAGGGUGAUAUACGAUGGGACAAGGCUGUUGGUGAUGCUGUGGCAGAGGAUGAGGUUGUGGGAGAGAUUGAGACAGAUAAGACCAGUAUCCCAGUGACUGCGCCAGCCAAUGGUGUAAUAGAAGAGCUGUUUGUUGCUGAUGGCGAUAAAGUAGAGAAGGGGCAGCAGUUAUUCAAACUCAAACUUACAGGAGCUCUACCCAAGAAAGAGGCAGCAGCAUCAAGUACCCCGCCCCCUCCUGCUAAGGAAGCCCCUCUCCCACCACCGCCAGCCCAACAAGAGGCGGUUCCAGAUAUACCAACAUCACCUCCACCAGUUCCACCACUCCCAACUGAACCACUGCAGCAAACCACCACCUCUGCACCAUCACUCAUCUCACCGGCGGCAGCAGGAAGCCCAUCUGAUGCGCCUCUUCAGGGGGCUCGUUCUGAGCACAGAGUGAAAAUGAACCGUAUGAGGCUCAGGAUUGCUUCAAGGCUGAAGGAUUCUCAAAACACUUACGCCAUGCUUACAACCUUUAAUGACAUUGAUAUGAGCAAUAUCAUGGAGAUGCGUCAGACAUACAAAGACGCCUUCUUUAAGAAGCAUGGUCUCAAACUUGGCUUCAUGUCAGCAUUCGUGAAGGCAGCAGCUUAUGCUCUGGAGAGCUUACCUGUUGUAAACGCAGUGAUUGAGGAUAACCAGAUAGUGUACAGGGAUUAUGUCGACAUCAGUGUUGCUGUAUCCACACCAAAGGGCCUAGUUGUUCCUGUUCUGCGCAAUGUUGAGUCCAUGAACUUUGCCGAUAUAGAGAAAGCAAUCAACGCUUUAGGAGAAAAGGCUCGUAACAAUGACCUAGCUAUUGAGGACAUGGAUGGCGGCACCUUCACCAUCUCUAAUGGCGGAGUAUUUGGCUCCCUCAUGGGCACACCCAUCAUCAACCCGCCGCAGUCUGCCAUCCUAGGCAUGCAUGCCAUUAAUGAGAGACCAGUAGCUAUCAACGGCAAGGUGGAGAUCCGACCCAUGAUGUAUGUCGCCCUCACAUACGACCAUCGCCUGAUUGACGGCAGAGAAGCGGUCACCUUCCUACGUAAGGUCAAGUCUGUGGUCGAAGACCCACGAGUUCUCAUGCUGGACUUAUAACCACUUGUUGGGCGUCGCCCACCCCUGACCCUCUUCUAUGGUUACCCAAACUUCCCUUUUAUCGUGUGGCAGUGAUUAGUGCAACCAGGUUAUUUUAUUUUUUUUUUCAAUUGAUCUUUACUAUGUGGUUUAAUGCACAGGGUCGUAUGCAGUAUGAGUCAAACCGAGAAAUUUGCCUUGUGAUUUAGAAAAGUUGUACUGUCUCAUUGGAAUUGAUUUUAACACGAUGUCAUUUUAACACGAUGUCAUAAUGCAUUCUUUCUACGGCCCUGGUGCGACAUAGUGUGAAUGUGGGCUUCCUCAGUGUUCACUCACAUGGUUGUCCCCACUCUCGUCACACUUGAUCGCCUAUUUCAAAAGAACCCUUAAAUAAUUUAUCUCGUGUUGCUGCUUCUAGCAGCUGGACUCUAUCUUGGAGAAGCUUCAAAGGUGCUUGAGAAUAGCUUAAGUUGUGGUAUUAAAUGAGUAUUUUAAGUUUUA